CGUCAACUACGUGGGAUUAUUUUAAACAGGACAAGAUGGCGGAGGUUAGCGGGCUGAGGAAACGGAAUCAUUUCGAACAAAAUCAAAACCGCAAAAGACACGUCUUUGACGAAGGUGCGGGUGGUGUGGAAGAUGUUCCUCUGUCCCUGCCAGAUCGGAGACCUCCUCCCAGGAUGGCGCCUCGGGCAGAGGCAGAUAGCGAGACAGACGAGGAGUGGGAACAGGCGCCAGAGCUGACUGCCCCAGAUCGGAGUCCUGUCAAGGAGCAGCCUGUAGAAGAGGGGGUGGUGGUGGAGGAGAAGGCUCGGCCCAUCCAGAUUGUCCUGGCCCACGAAGACGACCACAAGUUUGAGCUGGACACGGCGGCCCUGGAGACGCUCCUACUGCAGGAGGAUGUCAGAGACCUUAACGUGGUGGUGGUGUCGGUGGCUGGGGCCUUCCGCAAGGGCAAGUCCUUCCUGCUGGAUUUCAUGCUCCGAUACAUGCUCAACCAGCAGCAGGAGCAGUCAGACUCGUGGGUGGGGGCUGAUGAUGAGCCUCUGACAGGGUUCAGCUGGAGAGGAGGCUGUGAGAGGGAGACCACAGGGAUCCAGGUCUGGAGUCAGGUGUUUGUGGUCAACAAGCCGGAUGGGAGCAAGGUUGCUGUUCUGCUAGUGGACACACAAGGAGCUUUCGACAGCCAGUCUACCAUAAAGGACUGUGCAACGGUUUUUGCCUUGAGCACCAUGACCAGCUCUGUACAGGUGUAUAACUUGUCCCAGAACAUUCAGGAGGAUGACCUUCAGCAUCUCCAGCUCUUCACAGAAUACGGCCGGCUUGCUUUGGAGGAAAUCUAUCUAAAACCCUUCCAGUCUCUCAUGUUCCUCAUCAGAGACUGGAGCUAUCCAUAUGAGCACAACUAUGGACUGGAGGGAGGGAAACGCUUUCUAGAAAAGAGACUGCAGGUGAAACAGAACCAGCACGAGGAACUGCAGACCGUGAGGAAACACAUCCACUCCUGCUUCUCCAACAUCGGUUGCUUCCUCCUGCCCCACCCCGGCCUCAAGGUGGCCACCAACCCCAUGUUUGACGGCAGAUUAAAAGACAUUGAUAGUGACUUUAAGGAGGCGCUGGGCAAUCUGGUGCCCUUACUGCUGGCUCCUGAGAACCUGGUGGAGAAGGAGAUUGGAGGGGCUAAAGUGACCUGCAGAGAUCUAGUGGAGUACUUUAAGGCCUAUAUAAAGAUCUAUCAAGGGGAGGAGCUUCCUCAUCCUAAGUCAAUGUUACAGGCAACGGCUGAAGCCAACAACCUUACAGCAGUUGCUGGAGCAAAAGACACUUACAGCAAAAGCAUGGAAAUGGUGUGUGGAGGGGACAAGCCCUACAUCGCCCCUGCAGACCUGGAACGCUGCCACGAGGAGUUCAAGGAGUGCUCGGUGCGUCAGUUCCGCUCGGUGAAGAAGAUGGGAGGAGAGGAGUUCUGCAAGAAAUACCAGGAGCAACUGGAGGGCGAGCUGGAUGAGGCCUACUCCAACUUCCACAAGCACAACGAGGGCAAGAACAUCUUCUAUGCCGCACGCACGCCCGCCACGCUGUUCGUGGUCAUGUUCACCACCUACGUCGUCUCAGGGCUGACAGGCUUCAUCGGAAUGAACACUAUUGCCGUGCUGGCCAACUUGGUCAUGGGCGUGGCCCUCAUGACGCUCUGCAUGUGGGCCUACGUCAAAUACUCAGGGGAGUUCAGAGAUGUGGGCACCAUCAUAGACCUUUUGGCAGACACACUCUGGGAACAGGUGUUGAAACCUCUGAGUGAGCAAUAUAUGGAGGAUAACGUUAGACAGACUGUGGUUAACUCCAUCAGAGCCAGUCUGACAGAACAGGCCUCACAGCACGCCAAGUUAAAGUCAAAGUCGCACUGACCCCUCCUCCUCCUGCUGUUACUCUACCAUCCGCUCACCCCACCCCUUCACUCAGUGUGCUAAGUCCUAGAACUGUGGCACUGUGCAAACCAAAGUUUACCCAAACCCCGCACAGGCCCCAGCCAGCCUCCCUGUCUGCUGUAGUGGCCUGUCUUACUGCUGGCUCCUCUACUCUUGGAUCCCCCCUGUUGGAAGGUGGACAAUCAGCGAGUUAAGAAGUAGUGUUGCCAGUCCGCUCUCACCUUUACCACAAUUUGACCGAUUUCUCGAAUGUGCCAUCUUGUAGAUUCACCUGUGCCCCCCCAAACACCCUAACGUGCACGCACACACACCUAUCAAUGUCAGGAUUUUAAAUUAUGAAGAGUUGUCAGUAGGUUUGCUGACCCGGUUUUAGUGUCUAAUACUGUCAUAUUAAACAGAUUGCACUUGCUUGGGUUUCAAGGUUAAUUCAGGGAAACACGGCUCUUUGAGGCUGUGCCAUUGGAUGCAAGAUGAACUGUCUGCAUAGUCAUACAUAUACUGUAGCCAAGCCAGUCUGUUCCUGCCCCUCUUCUGAGACUGUUUGGUUAACUGAGGUGGAUUUAGAAAGCCUUUGAGCCUCUUUAGUUGUUAUAAGAUACUGAUCUUUAAUCUUGCUUUAGUGUCUACCUACCAGUAUUAUCUACUGCAUGUUAUUAGACAUACACAGCAUAGCACUAUAAUAGGCCCUAGAGUUCAAUCUAUUGUGCUUAGCAGGGGAACGUUAUUCAGACCGUUUCAUUCAUUUGCCUUUCUUGAAAACCCACAGGACAGUGGGAGUGAUCAAUGGUAUUACACAUCUAGCGUGUUGUUUUUCUUAUCAAUACAGCACUAAUGAUAAUAUCAGUUAGGUCAACGCUCUUGUACCAAUUCCAUCCACAACUGUCUCGCCUAGGAACGCGGCAGUUGUUAUGGUCUCAUUUUUGUAUGUUUUACAAAUAGGGAAUAAUGUAUGACACAUUUUACACUUUGUAUAAAUUCUAUAGUGUUGUUGGCGGGGUGGUUUUUUGAUUGGCCUAAAGUGUGGUUUGUUAAGGAAUGUUUUGUGAUUGGUCUUAUAGGUACAAUUGCAUAUUUUCUUUCUAUAAUCUGCUAUACUGGUACGUAAACAAACUCGAGGCUAGAGCACUUCGAUUCCACCUCGGACUAAGAUUUCUGGAAUUUGAUGAGUGGGUAGAUAUUGUCUUUUUAAAUCAUUUCCUGUAAUUUAUUUUUCAAUGAACAAGUACAUUGACCUUAUUGAUUAAAAUUGAUCAUCUACCGUU